AUGGCCGAGCCCUCCGUGGAUCUAGCCGCCGGGGAGGGAGCAUCGCACGGGGAGGCGGGUGGCUGCGCUCGCCGAAGGGUGGCGCUCUCCGGAGGGGAAGGGGACGCGCCGCGAGCAGUGGUGGAGAAGAGGCCAGGCAACCGAAAAAUGCAAAUGAAGAUCAAAGUGUUUGUGAUCAUCGGGAUUAUUGUCCUCAAUUCAUGUACAUGUACUCCAAAUAAAAUAGAAGGGGAUGGAAUGUACAAGGAUGUGCAUGGCAAGGAGAUUCGCAAACUCACAAAUACUGAUGGAAGGACUGCCCCAACCGGCGAUUCCGUAGAUCAUGUGUGUCCACUUGGGAGCUUUCCUUGCCGGUCGUUGAUCCACAGUUCUCAUGAUACUACACAGGAUCUUGGUGGACAUUAG